AUGUGGGAACAUACACAAGUAUUAAAUUGCAGUGGUUAUGAUCCACUAAUUGGUAGGUUCAUGCUCUACCGGUAUUGCAAAGGUUACAAGCUAAGCUGCGUACAUCAGGGGAGCUACGCUCCUUGCAUUCCGUAUGUGCGGCAUCAGCAGAUCUACCGGAGCGAGCACGUCUCCAGAGGCCUGGGCAGAAUGAGCUGCAUAAAAUUAGCAUUUAGGCUGGAGGCCUGGAAGCCAGUGUUCCAGUUAAAUACACCUCUUAGCGGGGGUGCUGGAGAGUCGGCUCACGUAGUCCUGCCCAAGGCCAAUAAGGGGAACUUUCGAUCAAAAUCUUCUAGCUCCGUUUUCGCAAUUUUCCCGAAGGAGUAUCUUGGUGAUUUGCGCAUAUUACAUUUCAUGGCACCGAAAAUUGAAAACUCAGAAAAUAAAAAACUUAAAACACGUUAUACUAAGUAA